AAUUUCUCCUAUCUUCUCCAUAUAUACUUCAUCUUCAGACCCCAAACCCCCAACACACAAAUACAAUCUCUCUGUGCAAUUUUCUCCAAAGUUUCAACCUCUCAGUUUCAUUUUUCUCUAAAAGCAUUUCACAUUUUCCUCUAUUGCAAAUUCACAUUUAGUAAAAUUAAACCAAAUCAAGAAAUUUAAACUUUUUUCAAUCUGAAACCACAUAUGGAUCCUUCAUAUAGAUUCAUAAAAGAGGAGUUUCCUACUGGAUUCAAUGAUUCUCCAUCACCACCAUCUACUUCUACUUAUUCUUACCUCUAUUCCACCUCCAUGGCCAUAAAUGAUGCAACAACAUCAAGCUCUCCACAGCCAAUAGAAGGUCUCCAUGAAUCAGGUCCACCUCCAUUUCUGACAAAGACAUAUGACUUGGUGGAAGAUUCAAGAACCAAUCAUGUUGUGUCUUGGAGCCAAGCCAAAAACAGCUUCAUUGUCUGGGAUCCACAAGCUUUUUCCACCGCUCUCCUCCCCAGAUUCUUCAAGCACAAUAACUUCUCUAGCUUUGUUCGCCAGCUCAACACAUAUGGUUUCAGAAAAGUGAAUCCGGAUCGGUGGGAGUUUGCAAAUGAAGGGUUUCUUAGAGGGCAAAAGCAUCUCCUCAAGACAAUAAGGAGAAGAAAGACAAGUAACAAUAAUCAAAUGCAACCACCUCAAUCAUCCUCACAACAACAAUCUCUAGACAACUGUUGCAUAGAAGUUGGUAGGUAUGGUCUAGAUGGAGAGAUGGACAGCCUAAAGCGAGACAAACAAGUGCUGGUGAUGGAGCUAGUGAAACUGAGACAGCAACAGCAAAGCACCAAAAUGUAUCUCAAAAUGAUUGAAGAGAAGCUCAAAAAAACUGAAUCAAGACAACAGCAAAUGAUGAGCUUCCUCGCCCGCGCAAUGCAGAAUCCUGAUUUCCUUCAACAACUCAUGGAGCAGAAAGAGAAAAGAAAGGAGAUGGAAGAAGCAAUCAGCAAGAAGAGACAAAGACCCAUCGAUCAAGGGACAAGAAAUGUGGUUACUGUGGAAGAUUAUGAUGAGGAGGGUGGAGGUGGUUAUGGAAGAUAUGGAAAUGAUGCUGGAUCCUCCUCAGCGUACAUGUUACAAGAAACAUAUGGAGACUUUUCUGGAUUCGAGAUGUCCGAGUUGGACAGUCUUGCUAUGCAUAUUCAAGGACUUGGAGAUCAGUUCACUAGAGAAGAAGUCUUGGAUGUGGAAAAAAGAGAUGAAGAAGGAGAACAAAAAGGGUACCAAAAGGUGAACAGUGAGAUAUAUGGUGAGGGUUUUUGGGAAGAUAUGUUAAAUGAAGGUCAAAAUUUUGAUCUUGAAGGAGAUGAAGAAAAUGUUGAUGUGCUCAUUGAACAACUCGGUUAUUUGGGUUCUAGUUCAAACUAAUCGAGAUGAACUUGUAAAAGAGUACUUAAGCAUUUAAUUUGAAUCAACUGGUUUCCUUCGGAAAGGCUUUAUUCAAUUAGGUGAGUCAUAGACUAACUUGUUGAUGG